GCCUGCUGAUCCAGGCGCCCAGUGACAGGCAGACCGAGGCCUGGUGUGAAAUCCUCAUUGUAAAAGACCCCGGCCGCUCGCCCGCUCGCCGCCUUCCGCCCGAUUCUCUUGGCCGAGGCGGUAGAUUGUAACCCGAGAAGAUGCCCGCGGUGUCGAAAGGUGAUGGGAUGAGGGGGCUGGCGGUGUUUAUCUCUGACAUUAGGAACUGUAAAAGCAAAGAAGCUGAAAUUAAACGCAUUAACAAGGAACUGGCUAAUAUCCGAUCAAAGUUCAAAGGAGAUAAAGCACUGGAUGGUUACAGUAAGAAAAAGUAUGUCUGCAAGCUGCUCUUCAUCUUCCUGCUCGGCCAUGACAUUGAUUUUGGUCACAUGGAGGCUGUCAAUCUGCUCAGUUCUAAUAAAUACACCGAGAAGCAGAUUGGUUACCUUUUCAUCUCUGUGCUGGUAAAUUCUAACAGUGAGCUGAUCCGUCUGAUUAACAAUGCCAUCAAGAACGACUUGGCCAGCCGUAACCCUAUCUUCAUGUGCCUCGCUCUGCACUGCAUUGCAAAUGUCGGCAGCAGAGAAAUGGCCGAGGCAUUCGCUUCUGAGAUUCCCAAAAUCCUGGUAGCUGGUGAUACAAUGGAUAGUGUGAAACAGAGUGCUGCCUUAUGUCUACUGCGUCUCUACAAGACUUCCCCAGACUUGGUACCCAUGGGAGAGUGGACAUCCCGAGUUGUGCAUUUACUGAAUGAUCAGCAUCUGGGUGUAGUGACAGCUGCUACCAGUCUUAUCACUUGUCUGAGCAAGAAGAAUCCAGAUGAAUUCAAGACGUGCGUCUCGUUGGCUGUUUCCAGACUGAGCCGGAUUGUGUCCUCAGCCUCCACAGACCUGCAGGAUUACACGUAUUACUUUGUUCCAGCACCCUGGCUUUCCGUCAAGCUGCUGCGGCUCCUGCAGUGCUAUCCUCCACCUGAGGACACUGCUGUGAAAGGCCGCCUGAUCGAAUGUAUGGAGACUAUUCUGAACAAAGCUCAAGAGCCACCUAAAUCCAAGAAGGUACAACACUCCAACGCUAAGAAUGCAAUUCUUUUUGAAGCAAUCAGCCUUAUUAUACAUUAUGACAGCGAACCUAACCUGUUGGUACGUGCGUGUAACCAGCUUGGCCAAUUCCUGCAACACCGCGAGACUAACCUCCGGUACCUAGCCCUGGAAAGCAUGUGUCUGCUGGCAGGAUCUGAAUUCUCCCACGAGGCUGUCAAAACCCACAUUGAAACGGUCAUCAACGCACUGAAGACUGAGCGGGAUGUGAGUGUGCGCCAGCGAGCUGCGGACCUUCUGUAUGCCAUGUGCGACCGAACAAACGCACCACAGAUUGUGGCUGAAAUGUUAAGCUACCUGGAGACAGCUGACUAUUCCAUUCGAGAAGAAAUUGUGUUGAAGGUGGCAAUCCUAGCGGAAAAGUACGCCGUGGAUUACACGUGGUACGUCGACACCAUCCUGAACCUCAUCCGCAUUGCAGGGGACUAUGUCAGCGAGGAAGUGUGGUACCGGGUUAUUCAGAUUGUUAUUAACCGUGACGACGUCCAAGGCUAUGCCGCAAAGACUGUGUUUGAGGCACUCCAGGCCCCAGCCUGUCAUGAGAACAUGGUGAAAGUUGGUGGAUAUAUUUUAGGAGAAUUUGGAAAUCUGAUUGCUGGUGAUCCACGAUCCAGCCCCUUGGUUCAGUUCAACUUGCUUCAUUCCAAGUUCCACUUGUGCAGUGUGCCGACUCGUGCCCUUCUGCUCUCCUCGUACAUCAAGUUUGUCAACCUCUUCCCUGAGACCAAGGCCACCAUCCAGGAUGUACUGCGCAGCGACAGCCAGCUCCGGAACUCUGACGUGGAACUGCAGCAGCGGGCUGUGGAGUACCUGAAGCUCAGCUCUAUUGCCAGCACGGAUGUUCUGGCCACCGUCCUGGAAGAAAUGCCUCCAUUCCCUGAGCGGGAAUCCUCCAUCCUUGCCAAGCUGAAGAAGAAGAAGGGACCAGGCACCAUGACUGACUUGGAAGAAGGGAAGAAGGAACAAACGGAGGUGAACGGUGGUGUCGAACCUGUUGUGAACGCCAGCACAGUGUCCACGCCUUCCCCUUCUGCUGACCUGCUCGGCCUGAAGAGUGCUCCUGCUACUGGAGGCAGUCUGCUGGUGGAUGUAUUUUCUGAUACUGUGCCCACCACUGGGACCCUGGCACCAGGAGCUGAGGACAAUUUCUCCCGAAGCCUGGAUCUGCCGGGUGAGAGCCCUGCCUCGUUGGUGGAUGCAGCCCUGUGUGCAGAGUUUGUCUGCAAGAACAAUGGGGUCCUGUUUGAAAACCAGCUUCUCCAGAUUGGAAUAAAAUCAGAAUACAGGCAAAACUUGGGUCGAAUGUACCUGUUCUUUGGGAACAAGACGUCCGUCCAGUUCCUCAACUUCGCAGUGAAUGUUAGCUGUCCUGGCGAGCUGCAGAAUGAGCUGAAUCUUCAGGCUAAGCCCGUGGAGCCCAUUGUGGAAGGUGGAGCACAGGUUCAGCAAGUGAUUAACAUCGAGUGCUUAUCUGAUUUCACCGAAGCCCCAUUGCUCAACAUUCAGUUCAGGUAUGGUGGAACCUUGCAAAAUAUCACCCUAAAACUGCCCAUAACUGUCAACAAGUUUUUCCAGCCAACAGAGAUGGCGUCGGAAGAUUUCUUUCAGCGUUGGAGACAGCUCAGCAGUCCCCAGCAGGAAGCUCAGAAGAUCUUCAAAGCUAAUCACCCCAUGGACACAGAGGUCACCAAGGCUAAGUUGAUAGGGUUCGGCACAGCUCUGCUGCAGGACGUCGACCCCAACCAUGACAACUUCGUUGGUGCGGGAAUCAUUCACACAAAAUCCAUCCAGGUUGGGUGCUUGUUGCGGCUGGAACCCAACAGUCAGGCACAGAUGUACCGCCUCACACUACGCACAAGCAAGGAGACUGUGUCGAAGCGACUAUGUGGUUUACUGUCUCAACAGUUCUAAAGUCUCCUCCAUGUAACCGAUCUCUUACACUAUACUGUGUCUGUGUGAAUCUGGGAGUGAGUGUGCGUAUGUGUGUGUGCACGGGUGCAUGAAGGUCUUAUAUCCAUGCCACGUCCAGUGAAAUCUUCAAGUAUCAUGUGACGUCCUCUUAACGACAGUAUAUGUUUACGUGACUGUUUUGUGGAGGUUUUCCUUCUGUUGCUAUUGUGGAGGGAUUUGGAAAGUUCUUUGGUACACGAGGCAUCAGACUGUGCAGUAGAUGGGCAGAAUUGGCGUCAGGCCACAGUGAAGUCGACACAACCCCUGGCAUCUCAGUCGAGUUGAUGAGGGACAUUUAAUGAUUGUAAAUCUUUGCUGAAGCAAGGAGUGUCAGAUGAUCACUAAUCUCAGAGUGAAAAGAAUGGCUCCUCCCUGCUCCUGUAUGCACACCAUACUGCAGUGACCAGGUACAAACCAGGAAGGGUUCAGGGUGUGACACGAUGGCAGCGCCCUUCAGAAAUGGGGAUUAGGCAAUGUGCCUCUUUUGAAGUGUUUGGUGGCUCCCACUACCCCACGGCUGAAUGUCCAAACGAGGCUGUCGAUAGAGAUUUAGGCAGGCUAUUGGAGCAUGUCUACUGACUGAUGACCUAUUCUCCAGUGAGGAGUGACUGCUGUCAGAGAUGAUGAGUAGAGAAGGGGAGGAUUCCGAGCAGACGGUGUCCAGUAUAUGCAGGGUGCCUCACCAUUUUCGCUUUCUCGCUGUCUUUACAGACCUCAAAAGGAGGUGAUGCCCGAAUACCAAAAGACUUGAUGUCCCAUCUCGCUGUUAAUCGAUAUAGUCAUUUCUUAUAUUAAAAAAAAUGUAUGAAGUAAUUGUAAAAUGUAUCUGUAUAUAACUCUUUCUUAGAGCUGGAUAGAAAUACCUGUACGACCAAGUUAGUCAGUGGUCUCUUAUGUUAAAUUUGCUGUUUCAAUGUCACCAUCGAAAGUUAAAGGGUGGGCAUUUUUUUAUUUAACCUUUUGCUUAAGGUAUUGUACAUGCAAAAAGACUGGAAAUUCCUGAAACUGUUCCCUUCUGCUCCUCCCUCUGGAACACGCAUCAUCCGUUAGUAGUUUUUGAAAACUCUCUGCUCUAUGCAACUACUGCCCCUUGUCGUCGUCACCUGCAAAUCCCAUUCUACAGACUCUUGCACUUUUUUGCCCCCCUCUCUCUCUCUCUAUCUCUCUUUCUCUCUGUUGACAGCCAGCAUGAGUUCCACAGUGCUUGCUGUUGUGCAUGAAUACUUAAUAUUAUGGGAAUGAAAUGUGACAAUGGGCUGAGUUGUUCUUCUUUCCCCGCUAAGCCUGUUUUCAUUACCAGCAAUCGUUUUUAAACAGUUCAGAGUCUGGAAGAUCCCAGGCACAACACUUGGGUUCUCACUAGAUAGAAUUAAUCUAAUACAGUGUCUUUGACAGAGGGAGAUGGAGCAGGAAGGCAAAAUGCACAAUGCACAAUUCCCCCAUUCAAAAGGCUCAGUUUCUAACUUCUCAUCCCUCUCUGCUCCUGGCUUUACUUGACAUUUCCUACAUUUUUGGGGGACAUUAGGAUUGGCUUGCUCAUUAACCCCUGCCUCCACUUCUUUCAGCUUGCUACUUCAGUGGCAUUGUCUUGUAAAUGGUGGGCAAACUUGUGCUGUGCAACCCUAGAUUAGCUUAACUUCUCUGCUAAUAAAGAGGAUCCCAUCUGCCUAAUGCCUGUACAUAAAACUAACUCUAGCAACUGGAUAACGUGGCAGUGGGGCUUCCUAGUGGGUGCUGUGCGAAAUGGAGGAAGCUUAUUCCUUUGCAAAGACUGAUUUCUAACGAUAGUACCAGUAUGCUCCUGGGGGGGGUGGGGGGGUAGGGAAACCAUGUUGAAUGUUCACUGUCAAGUGCUUUGGACCAAUAACUAAUGGAGUUGCUGUGACCUUGGAAACAAAUGCUUGUCAAAAUGUAACCUGCAAGGGAAAUACAAGAGAACAAAGGAUGUGAAUAAAACUCCAGCCUUGUCAUUACUGUGAAACACGCACCACACCACUCCAGGCAAAAUUCUCAGUGUGCACUGUAGGUUGCUUGUCGCACAGUUGAAAACUAAUCAAAGGAUUUUUAAGCCUCUUGCCUCUGCAGCAGGAACCUCAUCUCAAGCAGGUUUAGCAUUAAACCUGCGGAAGGUGGAAGAACAUCUGGGGGGAGGAGGGGGGAGAUGCAUUUCCCUGUUACUUGUGACUACCAACCUUCCCUCCAAGCUCCUGAAACAUACUCCCAGUAUUGUCCUCUACUGGAGUCGGAUCUCAUCAUGAAGACAGAACUGAGGCUAACCAUUCUUUGUUAACAUAGCAUUACUGUAUUACAGCAGAGGGCUUCAGAAUGCUGAGUGCAAUCCUGGCACCCUUUUUAAGGGGUUUGUACAUUCUUGCCGGGGAACGUCUGGCUUUCUCCCAGAAGUCUGAAGGCGUACAAAUUAGUCCUUGUAAAUUGUUCCAUGAUAAGGCUAGGUUUAAGUAGGUCAUUUGGUGGUCAGCGUGCCUUUAAGGGUUGGAAGUUCUGCACUGUACUAAAUACAAUUAAUAUUCUACAAGCACAGGCAGAGGUACCCUGCUGGUGGAACUUACAGUAGUGUGACUGCAUGAGGUAACUUUAGAAUUACUUAUGAAUUGUCUUGAUAUAAUUUUAGUAAACUGGCCACACACCCCGCCAUCUUGUCCCAGAACCAUCUGAUUGGUGAGUUCCAAAUACUUACGGUAGUGUCAGGUAGUGCAGCUGCUGCCCUUCAGCUUCAGCAGACCUGUUUGACCCAGACCUCUGGCACUGUCAACAAGGACUCUGUGCUUUCCAUAAGACAGCAGCAGAAUUAGGCCAUUUGGCCCCUUGAAUCUGCUCCGCCAUUCCAUCAUGGCUGAUUAUUAUCCCUCUCAACCCCAUUCCCCUGCCUUUUCCCCAUAACCCUUGGCCCUAUUACAAAUCAAGAACCUAUCAACAUCCACUUUAAAUAUGCCCAAAGACUUGCCAUCUGUGGCAAUGAAUGAAUGUCCUUCUAUUCUGAGGCUGUGCCCUCUGGUCCUAGACUCUCCCACAAUAGGAGUCUCCACUCCGUCUAUGCCUUUCAAUAUUCGAUAGGUUUCAACGAGAUCCUUCUUAUGAUGGCAUGGGUUCUACUUACCCAUUUCCCCUCCCUCAAUUUGCAAUUUGAAAUUCCCAAUUUAUCCUCCUGGUAUCCUCAGCAAUGUGGCAGAAGAAACGUUUCUUCCAUGCACACCAGCCCACUCCAGGAAAUCCAGAUAGGUUUAGUGCCACUGAUAGGAAGAUGGAAAUUACACUGACCAUUUUCCCUAAGUUCUCCAUUUUCAUAAUUUUAAAUCACAGGUUUAACCCUUCCUCCUUAGCUAGCCUGAAUAUACUUGAUAUCUGGAGGAGGCAAAACCAUCUGUUAUUGAAAACUACAGCGUUCCUCCUGUUCUGUUUAUUCAAUGUAAAGGUUAGUAGGUUAAUGGUCAAAUGGGUAUAAAUGGGCAGCACAGGCUGUUUGGGCCAGAAGGGCCUGUUACUGUGUAGUAUCUCUAUGUGUCUCUAAAUAAAAAAUAAAGUAAUAUUAUUUUAAUAUAAUUUAACAUCAAUAGCAGCACUUUCAACAAUUUCAAUUUGGUGCCUAUUUCAGUAUUAUACAUUUUGUCCUUAAUAUGUUUAAGGACAAAGCAUUUUUAUUUCUUAUAAAUGUUCAAACUUGUGUAAAUAUAUUAGAGGAAGCAACUACUAUUAAGCAGGGGUAACUGCACUGAUGUUUACAUGGGCAGUUUCCAUUCUAAAUGUAAACAUGGGAUACAAUUUUAAAAUGAGAUGCUUCCAUUGAAAGAUUUUUUUAUGUAUAUUUUUAAUCCUCCACUAUCACACUUUACCCUUGAUAAUAGAUGUAACAAUCCGCCUUUCAUAUCGGAAUAUCAUGUGGGAUUGGUUGUAGUGUAAGCAGUUUGCAAAUUGCGGAUGUCAGUGGGCAAACUUCCAGUCAGUUGACCUUGUUAUCGCAGCUCAUGAUUUCCAACACGUCUGCUCUUAUUCUCAAUUAUAUUCUUCCUGUUAAGGUAACUUGUAAAAUUAGCCCUCUGAGUCUUUGUGUCAAUUGGUUAAAGGCACUUUUCAAGAUGUAGAUGCAAAGGCAAGAAAGUGCCCCAGUAGGACCGAUGACAAGCGACUCCUUGUCGCCUUCCCCUUCUGAUUAUUGCGCAGCACUUUCUACACAUGAUUGUAAACAAAGUCCUCGUGGGGAAAAGCCCAAUAGCAUUCCCAAUCCGGCAGAGCAACCUGUGAAAGCGUAGCCCAAGGACAGUCAACACCUUCAGGAGUAUUUUACAGAAAUAAAUAUUUCUGUUAAUCUUCUGUGUGUUUUCAACAAUAGUUUGGAAUGAGAAAAGUUUCAGGUCUCAAGAUGGUCCCUGUAUUCUACCUACCGACAGGAUUCCUGUGAGUGAUGGUACCUGUCAGUCUUCCCAUGUAAUUCAGCCUUUUUUCCAUUUUCAACAGGUAGUAGAUGAAUACUUGUAAUUCUCUUUGGCAUGGUCUUGAUUAUCUGUGUGUUCUGGUGAUUGGUACGAGGGGAGGGCUGCGCUCCCUUCUGGGAGCAGUGAGGUGGAACAGCCACUUAACUGGAUGUGUCUAGCAGGGAAGCUGUUCAGCAACAAUAAACUAGUAUGCCUUGUUUAAAUGCAACAUAUUUACAGGUAAAGAAUGGGGCACAUUCUGUAUCAAAGCAAUUAACUUAGUGAUGUGGAGCACUUUAAUCAAAGGGUAGGUGUAUAAUAUUGUGUGGCCAACAAUAUAGUAUUUUGUCCAUGUGCCUCUGGCCUUUGUUCUGUGUAAGCAGCCAUACUUUUGCAAUUAAUGUGGUAGGAGAUUGAACACAUGCAUAUUUACAUUUUGUUGUGAAGCUGAGGUACUUAAUAGGUGUAGUUAAAAGGAGUACUAUAAGAGUAUUCUGUGUGUGGUAUCCAAUUCUUGCUGCUUAUAACCUGCACACAAACCCUGAUCUUCCUUAUUACUGAACUUUUAUUUUGUGGCCUGCAGAGUAUAUUUAUUAUUGGUCCUUGGGUGAAAUAUUGACAGCAUACACAACCUCCUUUUGACCAGACUUUGGCAAACUUUUCACCACCUUAAAUAUUGCUGACAACCAUGGUGCCCUGUAGGUGCAUUCUGGAGAAGACUGUUCUGACAAUAGCUUCUAAUUGUGUGACCUCUACCACCAAAUCAGCUAGAACGUUAGGAGAAUGGAUACACCAAGUGUAUCACCUACACAUCUCCAUUCCUUCACUGUGGAAGGGACAUAGAACUCCCGAACAACUAUGGAAGCACCUUCACCAUAUCACCUCGGCUUGCCACUAUUUUAAGGGAAGAAUAACAUUUGCCUCUUCUGCAACAUCCAUGUCCCAUAAAUAAGCUGAAACUUUCUGUCAAAACUUUGACCCUUGUGCUCCACCAAUUUCAAGGCACCGAGCUGUAGGGAUAGGGAGUGUGUCACACCUCACAUACUCAUCUCAGCCACACUUGCUUCAGUAGGGAAACAAGCUGAUUUUCCUACUUCCAGUUGGUAUUAAAUAUGUUGUCGUUCUGGUCAAAGCUUCUGUGUGGAUCAUCUGUCAGCUUUGCCAUUCAGCCUGAGAACAUCAACCCCCCCCCCCCCCCCCCAGCAAGUAUUUACCCAAUGUUCAGUCAAUCUGGACCCGCAGCUCCCUUGCAGAGCUCUGUCUUGGGAUGCAAAACCACUUUUUUCUUGUACUAUCCUGCCUUUUCUGUUGUGGGUGCAUGUAAUCCAGACUCUUGCUGUGUCUGGUUUCUCUGCUGAAUCAGCCACCAACCUGCACACAUGAAAGGGGGAUCUUCACCUUGCCCUGAGAAAAGCAGGGAGAUUCUCCCUGUUGUGGACCCAAUUUUGUCUCGCUAGGGAAGAUUGUUAAAUUGUUAGCUAAAUUACAACAAUGUUGCUUGUGGUGUCCAAUCAGCUGCCAUGUUUAUGUCAAAAGCAAAAACUCUCCUUGACCUUUAGGAUUGUCAGUACCAGGAAUAGGUACGGUAGAAUUAAACAAUCCCGAACUGUUUUUGCUAGUUAAGUGUUGAAGCUGGGUGUGGAAAAAGUGCCUAACUCUGUCCCUUGUAAUUCCUGUCCUUGGUGAUCGGGAGCCCUGCCCUGGAUUGUAGUGAGUGCAAAUUGUGAUUGUCGAUUGUCAAGAGUUUAGCUAAGUUUCCUCUAUUGUUAUAAACAUUCUGACCUCACCCAGGCACUACCAGGUACAGAUGGGAACAAGAUACUUCAACCCACACACCAAUCAAAAAUUACUCGUGAUAUAUGGCAUAAGCUCCCACGACCAUGGCCCUUUCUAUCAAUCGCAAAGUUCUGAUAGUUAUGGUUCUCACUUGAACUUUCCCAGCAUCCUCCUACAAGCUGAGCAUCACCGGCAGACGCUUUCUGAUUAUUAACCUUAUGGCUCUAGGGUGGGAUCUUUCUGUGUAUCAAUUAGCUGCUUUAACUCUUGCUAGGGACCACAGUAACUGCCAGAUGGUGAUUAAGUGGUUUCAUGUAAAAUAAUUUGGAAGAUUUGUGAGCACGAUUUUUUGAAAUAAGUAAAUACGGUUUGGAAACUGGUCAGCAGUGAACACAGUAAUGAAUCCAGAGCCGUAGGAGAUCACGCUUUCCAGGCUACCUGUAAAUCAGACUCGCUCUUGUGUACUGCCCACAUUUGCUUUCUCAUGUAUUUGAAUCUUCUGAAAGUUGCUAUUAGGGGGGUAUUCCACCCCCCCCCCCCAGUCCA